AUGGACGCUCUGGAGCGGCGCUGCAGGGACGCCGCCACCUUCGACUUCUGGACCGACUACCUGGGGCUGUGCGCGCUGGUGGGCCCGGCCGCCGCCCUGCGCCACCCGGAGCAGCGCUUCGCCCUGCUGCGCCCCUUCCAGCCCGCCGGCGCCGGGGGGGCCUCGCAGGGCGGCUGCGCGGGCGGGGCCGGGCCCCUUCGAGCUGCCGGAACGGCGCCCCAGGAGGUCUUCGGCUCGCACCUGCUGAAGGGGCUGGACGGCCGGGUGCUGUGCCCGGCGCUGCGCGCCUGCACCUGCCCGCUGGGCCGCGCCCGCGGGGACAAUGCGCACACCCGCCAGGACUGCCCGCUGUCCCGUCAGCUGUCCCCUCUCCCAGCGCCGCCGGCUCCCCUCUCCCCGCGGGCCGCCGGCUCCCCUCUCCCCGCGGGCCGCCGGCUCCCCUCUCCCAGCGCCGCCGGCUCCCCUCUCCCAGCGCCCCGCGGGCCGCCGGCUCCCCCCGCCGGCUCCCCCUCUCCCAGCGCCCCGCGGGCCGCCGGCUCCCCUCUCCCAGCGCCGCCGGCUCCCCUCUCCCAGCGCCCCGCGGGCCGCCGGCUCCCCUCUCCCAGCGCCGCCGGCUCCCCCCGCCGGCUCCCCCUCUCCCAGCGCCCCGCGGGCCGCCGGCUCCCCUCUCCCAGCGCCGCCGGCUCCCCUCUCCCAGCGCCCCGCGGGCCGCCUGGCGACGGGGCCGGGGCCGGCCUGGACCAAGAGCAACCGGCACCUGCGGGCACCAGCGGUGGAUUGCACGCUCCGCCUGACACAGGCCCUCGCCUUGCACACUCCGCCUGCCAUGCACCCGCCUCGCACAUCAGCCUGACAGGUGGACCUGCAUUGCCCAUGCCCCCACAUCACACAGGCACCCAGAUUGCACGGUCAGCCUGA